GGUUUGGUUAGUGCGAUAAGCCUUGCUGUGAACCAGACUUGCAACAAAAUUUUAUUGAGGACAAAAGAAAUAACGCCAGAACUGCGUAUUUAUUUGGUUUAAUGCUCCUCGCAUUUACAACUACUAGUACUUGGUGGAGGCCUCGGCCGUUUUAGCUUUUAUAUAGCAAGAGAGGAAUUAGCUUGGGGCUUCUCUAUAUUUGCGACAUGAGGCCAAAGAUCUAUCUUUUUGGCGACUCAAUCACCGAAGAGUCGUUCAAUGAUGGUUGGGGUUCUAGUCUGGCCACCCAUUUCGGUCGCACGUUCGAUAUAGUGCUAAGAGGGUACAGUGGAUACAACACAAGGUGGGUUCUCAAGGUGUUGGACAGAAUUUUCCCGUCGGUUAAGGGCGGUGAUGAUGAAGCGCCCAAAGCGAUUACGGUGUUCUUCGGUGCAAAUGACGCUUCGGUUCCCGAUGGAUACUCCGCCUUCCAACACGUGCCUCUCGAUGAAUACAAACAAAACUUGCACUCCAUCGUCUCGUUCUUCAAGAAACAAUGGCCAGGAACUCUUGUUAUCCUCAUUACUCCUCCGCCAAUUGACGAAGAAGCACGACUUUGCAAUCCGUAUAUAGAAAAUCCAUUAACUUUACCUGAGAGGACAAAUGAUGCUGCUGGUUCUUAUGCCAAGGCAUGUGUUGAAGUUGCUGGAGAAUGCAGAUGCCCAGUGAUUGAUCUUUGGACCAAAAUGCAGCAGUUUACUGACUGGAAAAAGGCCUACCUGAGCGAUGGUUUGCACCUUACCAAGAGUGGCAACAAGGUAGUCUUUGAGGAAGUGCUUGCCAAACUGAAGGAGGAAGGCAUCAGUCUAGAAACAAUGCCAUUUGAUCUCCCUCUGUUUCAUGAAAUCGACCCUAAAGAUCCACUUAAGGUAUUUGAGAAUUAAGAUGGUUAUGUUUUUAUGGAUUAUUUGGCUAUAAUUGUCGGCAUAACAUUAUAUUCCUGUUACAGCUGAACAGUCAAAUUGUAGUUCAAGCCAUUAAUGUAUGGUUCUUCUAUUUUUAGCCCUGGCUUUUCCAAA